AAAGUACGAGCCCAUAGCAUAAGGGAAUGAUGUCAUAUCUGAGGUCAGUGGCAACGAUCCCUGGAGCUGCUUCUGCGACUCAGACAGAGUUUACACUCUUUUCUUCCUCCUCUACCAAAUCUCAGACACUCCCAUUUCCAUCUUCUUCCCGAUCUUCGCCUCGCCUUCGUUGGGGAUACGCGAGAAGCAUUGCUAGCCCUCCCAUGGCGUGUGUUCCUCAAGUUUCAGCUGCUGCGGUAUCAGAAUUCAAAGGCCCCAACAUUUUCGGGGUGGUUCGAUUCGUACAAAUCUCUAUGGAGAAUGUAAGAAUCGAAGCCAGUUUCGGCGGGUUGUCUCCAGGAAAACACAGUUGGUGUAUAAAUGAGUAUGGAGAUCUCACAAAAGGAGCAGCUUCUACAGGGAACAUGUACAACCCUUUACAAGAUGACCAAACUGCCAAACAUCCACCAGGCGAUCUAGGAACGUUGGAGGCAGACAACAAUGGAGAGGCGUUCUAUACGGUAAAGAAAGAGAAGAUGAAUGUAACGGAUCUGAUUGGACGAGCUGUUGUGCUGUAUGAAACAGAGGAUAAGUCGUUACAGGGGAUUACCGCCGCUGUUGUUGCUAGAAGCGGAGAAGUAGGAGAGAGUUGCAGAAAGCUUUGUUCAUGUGAUGGAACCACCGUUUGGGAAGCUACUCUUUGCUGAGAGACCCUUUACCAUCAAAAUUGCAGUAUAUUUUAAAGUUUGAACCGAUCGAAAACUCGUUUGUUUUCUCCUUCACAUAUGUUCUGUACUUGACCAAAAAUUUGUGUGAAUAUAUUCAAUAAAGACCUAGUGGCUUUGUG